AUGGUGAUCGCCAUGGGCCUAUUUCUUCAACGCCGACACUUCUAUUCUACAACCGCAGCGUGCGUGUUUGGUGGCGAGGUGCUGCGGUUCUUCCACGGCGGAGACGAAUGCCUCUCUAUACCGUCCACCUGGUCCGACCAACCCGGGCAGAACAUCGUGGUGUACGAGGGUGGCUCGGUGACAUCACAGGCUCGGUCGUUGUGGCGGCUGGAGCUCGCACGCACCAAGUGGGCGGGCGGCUACAUCAAUUGGUUCCACCCGAUGCGCCUGCGACACAUCACAACCGGUCGAUACCUGGGCAUCAACCAGCAGCACGAGCUCGUCUUGCUGGAGAG